AUGGCAGGAGUUCAAAACGAGAAAAUUGAAUUCGAUGAGUUCCAUAUCAAAGGAGAAGUGCAUCCAUAUUACAAGAAGGUCGCAGACAUAUUCAGGCAAAAUUUCGAGAACGAUUUGGAACAUGCUGGUGCUUCAUUUGCAGUUUAUUAUAAAAACGAAUUACUUAUCAAUAUUUAUGGCGGAUAUCGUAAUGUAAAUGAGAUGCUGCCAUGGGAAAAUGAGACGAUGUCAGUGUGUUUCUCAACAACGAAGAGCAUAUCUUCAGUAAUACUAGCAUAUAUUUUGGAUAAAUAUCAUAUUUCGUAUGAUACGAAAAUUAUAAGUUUUUGGCCAGAAUUUGGCAGCAACGGAAAAGAGGAAAUAACAAUACUGGACGCCACAUUACAUCAAGCAGGUCUCGCAUAUUUUAAUGAAAAACUAACACGCGAGGAUAUACUCGAUCACGAGAAAAUUUCGAAAAUGUUUGAAAAUGCGACACCAAUGAUAGAAAAGGGAAAUAUAAUCUACCAUGCCUUGACAUUCGGACUUUUAUUGGAGCAAAUCAUCCGAAGAAUUGAUGAAAAGAAAAGAAGUAUUGCACAAAUAUUAGAUGAAGAUUUUAUUGCAAAAUAUGAUAUCAAAGAUUUAUCUAUUGGUCUAAAAAAUCGAAAGGAUAAUGAAAAAGUUGCCAUUCUCACAAAACUGGAUGAGAAAAUGGUUCAAAAGCAAGCAGAACGCAAUCCGAAAGCAUAUGAACUCUACAUGUCUGGUGAUAACAUUCAUCAUCAAAAACUCUACGAGAUUUUCUCGUGGAUCACAACAGACGAUUACAAUCUAAUUGAAAAUCGCCUUCUACCAAUGCCGUCCAAUAUGGGGAUAUCGAGCGCAAAGGCGCUCGCCAAAUUCCAUUCUCUGCUCUCGACAAAACGAAUUCUAUCGACACAAUUUUACAAAUUAUUCGAAAAGCCUGUCCUAGAAAAUGCUUUCGAUCAUGGAAUUGGUUACACCGAGUCGAAAGGAUACGGAUUCCAGUUCACCAAAAAUCCGUUGAACCAAUGGGUAUUCGGUCAUUCAGGCUUCGGAGGCCAAAAUGUUCGAGUGGAUAUGCAUAACGAAUUGACAUUUGCGUAUAUUUCAAAUGGCUUGAAAAUCGAAGAUGCCGACAUGGUACUUCCUUGGAACAAUCUAGUCAAGGAAGUGUAUAACAUUUUCGAACGUGUUCCAAACUAUGAAAUAUGA